AGUAUAAUUAAACCAUACUAUCAGAAGGUUCACGCAACGAUGAUAAGCGCGAAUUUUCAGCUCCGCAAAAAGCCGGCUUGCUCACAAAAAGAAGUUCCGGACAAUUUGCGGUCGUAAUAUAUACAAUCUCGAGAUCAUAAGGAAAGAAUCGCGCGCAGUCGAAACAUAUAUUCAUUCAUUGUCUGUCGAUCUCGGUCGCUGCAUGAGAGGCGAAUGCGAGCGAGAGCUGGUAAAGUAAUAGUUGCCUAUAUAGGUAUAGCUGGAUUAAUAUUAUAUCGGCGCUCGCUGUGUGGCAAGUGGCAGUGGCAGUCAGUGCGCAGUCGUCGUCGCCGCGGCAGCAUCGCGGGGGCCGGGGAGCAGAAAGGAAAGCAAACAGAACAGAACAGCACAUCUGAGACUGAGAGAGAACUACGUCAGAACGAGAGCGAGUCGCAGCAGUGAGAAAGAGAGAGGGAGCCGCAAAACACACAAGCUGCAGCAGUGCGAGCGUUAUAGCGGCCGCGGACGGACACAUUAUAAGUGCAGUGUGCAGUGCGCCGCGACUGCGAUAUCGCGCGCCGUGCCGAUAAAAUAAGGACUUGCGGCUCCCAAGUACGACAGAUAAGUAGUGCAUUUAUCGGCGGAAUGACGACGUCGAGCGAGACGACGGCUGCUGUCGCGACCGCUUGGAAGAUCUCGACGGUGCCGAUGAACGAGGAGCUACGACGGGAGCGACAGCGAUGCAGCUUCGAGCCGCUCGAGCUGACGCAUCUGCUGGACGGGACCCCGGAGAAAACGGCCCAGCGACGGGAGCGAGAGAAUUUCUUUCUCAGCGAUCCGGAACUGACCGAUAAAGUUCCUGCAAAGUACUUAAGUCAUAAGGAAAUAUACGAAGAAGCUGUACGCAAAGGAUGCAUAAUUUUGAAGAAAGUUCGAGAGCUACAAAGUAUGGGCAAAGGAGAUAUGGAGGUAUUCACACAAGUGUUGGGCGGUACUCUGGGCUCUGCGAUAUUAAAAGACGGAAACCCGCUAACGCUGCACUGGGUGAUGUUCAUACCAGCGAUUAUGGGACAAGGUACGGUAGAGCAGCAAGGAUAUUGGAUCGCCAAAGCGUGGUCCUGCAGCAUCAUCGGUACCUACGCCCAGACGGAGCUUGGUCAUGGAACGUUCAUCAGAGGCUUGGAAACGACUGCAACGUACGACCCCGUGACUCGCGAGUUUAUCUUGAACAGUCCUACGUUGACCUCCUACAAAUGGUGGCCCGGAGGACUCGGACAAACGGCAAAUUACGCCGUGGUUGUAGCGCAAUUGUACACGAAUGGCGAAUGCAAAGGAAUUCAUCCUUUUAUAGUUCAACUGAGGGAUGAAGAAACUCACGAACCUUUGCCGGGAAUCAAGAUUGGCGAAAUCGGCACGAAGCUGGGCAUGAACGCCACGAAUAAUGGUUUCCUGGGUUUCGACAAUGUCAGAAUACCAAGGGAACACAUGCUAAUGAAAAAUUCCAAGGUUUUGGCAGACGGAACGUACGUAAAGGCCCCAAGCGACAAGCUUACAUAUGGCACCAUGAUGUUCGUCAGAGUCGUAAUAGUAAGAGAUGUUGCCAAGUAUCUUUCGAAAGCGUCAACAAUCGCCAUAAGGUAUAGCGUCGUUAGAAAACAAGGACAAGCUAAACCCGAUGGGCCGGAAACGCAAAUCAUCGACUACGUCACGCAGCAAUAUAAAUUAUUUCCACCUCUGGCCAUGUGUUUCGCGCUGUCCUGGGCAGCCGACUGGAUUUGGGAAAUGUACAAUAACGUGACUGCGGAACUAGAUCAAGGAGAGUUGGACAGGCUACCGGAGUUGCACGCGCUGGCUUGCUGUCUGAAAGCAGUCGCCUCGACGGAUGCGUCGGCAGCCGUGGAACAGUUGCGGUUGUCGUGCGGUGGCCACGGCUACAUGGACGCGAGUAACCUGCCGACGACUUACGGUCUGGUAACCGCGGUGUGCACUUACGAGGGCGAAAAUACAGUGCUGCUGCUUCAAACUGCACGCUACCUCAUCAAGGCCUGGAAGCAAGCUAUCAGCGGCGACACGCUGCCACCCACGGUCAAGUACCUCGAGUUGCUCUCGCGAAGGGUCAAGCAGCGGCCCUGGAAAAAUACCCUCACUUGCAUCGUCCGAGCUCAUCAAUCUGUCGCUGCUGGAAAAAUCAAGCAGGCAACAGAUAAUAUGGAGCGGCGCGUGCGCUGUGGGAUGGCAUUGGAAGAUGCCUGGAACGAUACGAGCAUCGAACUUGCCCAAGCCGCUGACUCACACUGUCGUGCCUUUAUCGUCUUGAGAUUCGUCGAGGCUGUCAGAGGAUUGAGCUCCACUGUUUCCAAAUCGUUGCAUGAUGUUUUGAUGCAGCUAUGCGAGUUGUAUUGCGUCAACUCGGUUCUUCUGCGACUUGGCGACUUUUUACGGUUUUCAUGCCUAAACAACGAAGAUGUGCCUUCUCUGCAAAAACAACUCGAGGAAAUGCUCGCUGCUAUCCGACCAAAUGCCGUCGGCAUCGUCGAUGGCUUCGACAUACGAGACGAAAUUUUGGGCUCGGCUCUCGGUGUCUACGACGGCAACGUCUAUCAACGGCUCUAUGACGAGGCCAUGAAGAGCCCCCUUAAUCAAGAGAGCGUCAAUCAAUCUUACCACAAGUACCUCAAACCCUUUAUGAAGAGUAAUUUGUAAAAAGAGCGCGAAUCAUUGCGCGAUUGGUCGCACUUCUAUGAUGUCAAAUGUUAUCUUAUAUUGUUGAAAUUCUUCAAAUUUUAAUACAAUCGUAUUUAUAUAGAUCUGUUUAAAACAUUUUAUAAUUUACGUAUCAGUGCAUUGAAAAGCACUAGAUGAGCUUUUGAAAUCAGCAGAUUUUCUAUCAACUCCUCAAGUAUGAUUAACUUGUAGAUUUAUAGUUCUCUGACUUGAACUGUCAUAUCCGAUUAAAGCAAUUAAGUGGAAUUUGUUUAGAGUAAACAAAUAUUCCCUUACUUAUCUAAAUUAGAUUAUAUAAAAAUUUAUAUCGAAAAUUUUCAAUCAAUUUAUAUCAUAUCAAUAUUCAUAUAGUAUACAAAUAGUAUUGUGAAUCAAUUCGAAUUAGAUUGACAAGAAAAUAUACAAAUUCUACACCAAACGGCAUUCAUAAUGCUCGUAUAAUUCAAGCACUGUGUAGAAAAAAACUAUUUAGAUUGUAUAAGGAAUUUUUUACAACAUAGAAAAAACAUAGUAACAAACUAUUGUUAAAAACGGCUGAUAAUGUAGUAAAAGUUGUUUUUAAAUAUUUUGUAAGAUGUUUUUGUAAUGUUUCUGUUUUUGAUUUCCGUGGAUAUUGAUUUACUUGCAAAGUGCCGUGUAACGGCGGUGAACAGUGCAGGAGUGAUUUAAUGAGCGACAUAUUCUUUAAAAGUACAUUGUACUAAAAUGAUGCAGAUUUAAUAUUAUCCAGUUUGAAACGGUUUAUUAUAUUUACCUAUCUGAUGUAUGUUUUGUUAAAUAUUGUUCUUUAUAAGUAUGAUUAUACGUUGUUUGACGGGUGCAGAUUAUGAAAGUAAAACAAUUAUUUUUAUAUAAAAUGUUGAAAUAAAAACUGUUAUAAAAA